AUGGCGCUCGACGACUCGAUGCAAGGCCGCAUCACCGCCGACUGCCCAGACGAGGCCCGCGUGAUCCUCCUGCACGCCUGGAGCCACGACAAGUCCGCCCUCAAGAAGAUCCUCGACGAGCCCGGCAAGGCCAACUGCCAGGACCCCACGACCGGCGAAACGCCCCUCCACGCCGCCAUCCGUGCCUGCGGCCUCGCCGCCCAAGACCAGGAUGACUUGAAGGUCAAGGAGGCCAAGGACACGGUCCAGGAGCUCUUCCUCUCCGGCGCCAUCUGGAACGACGUCGACUCCAACAACGAGACUCCCGGCUGCGUCGCCCUUCGCCUGGGCCAGGCCGAGCUGUACACGCUCUGCGUCGAGGCCGGCGUGCGCGCGGAGCUGCUGUUCGGUCUGCUGGAUGGUUACGAGCAGCUGUCGUCGGGCUCCGAAAUGGACGAGGACGAAGCGGUCGAGGUCGUCGAUGCCGACGCCAUAAAGGCAUUUGAGGCCGACCUCGAGAGAAUGGGGACCGCGCAGGAUCCUGAGGAAGCCCCCGAGCUGGUCCAGGUGCCAGACGCCACCACGGUCGAGGCCGAGGCCGAGACCGAGACCAAGGAGAAGAAGUUCGUACCGCCCGCCAUCGAGGACCCCAGCCUCAACUCGGAAGAGUACCUCCGCUCGAACCUGACCUACUCGGACGGCAAGCUCGUCGACGAUGGUGGCAACGGCGUUAUGAUGGCCUGGGAGACGGACAUCAUGCGCAAGAGCGUCGACGCCCUCCUCCCCGGCCUGCCCGCCGGCAAGCGCAUCCUCAACGUCGGUUUCGGUAUGGGAAUCAUCGACACCAUGUUCCACGAGACGCGGCCUUUGCGGCAUCACGUCAUUGAGGCCCAUCCCGAGGUGCUCGAGCACAUCGACAAGCCCGACUCCAAGUUCGGCGCCGCCUGGGAGGCGAGCGGGCCCGAGGAGGGCGCGUUCAAGAUCCACCACGGCAGGUGGCAGGAUGUCGUUCCUAAGUUGCUCGAGGCCGGCGAGGUCUACGACGCCAUCUACUUCGACACCUUUGGCGAGGACUACGGCCAGCUCAAGAUGUUCUUCACUGAGUUCAUCCCCGGCCUAAUGGACUUUGAGGGUCGCUUCAGCUUCUUUAACGGACUGGGCGCAGACCGGAGGAUAUGCUAUGAUGUUUACACAAAGGUGGUGGAAAUGCACAUGGCCGAUGCCGGCCUGGAUAUCGAGUGGAACGAGCUGGACGUCGACAUGAAGGGCCUCGAGGAGGCCGGUGCAGGUGAAUGGGAGGGCGUGAAGCGUCGGUACUGGACUUUGGACAAGUACCGGCUACCAACGUGCACGUUCAUGGGCUAG